UCAGCCAGGAGCCUCAGCUCUCAUAAUCAACUUAGCAAGACAGGGCAGGACACUGCACACUUCUGCAACAAGGCAACACACAUUUCAAAGCAAGAUUUCAACACUUAAGGACAACGGGAGAAAUGAAGACAACGCUAGCAACUCUGACUCUCUGCCUGGUGGUACUCCUGGCCACAGGUUUCCCUCUCGAGAGGAAAGGGGGAUCACCCGGCGGUGCCGGUGCCAAGGAGAAGCGUGUACAGUAUGCAGCAUGGGAUGACGUGAAUGUCAUUGCCCAUGGCCUGCUGCAGCUGGGCCAGGGGCUGAAGGAGCAUGUUGACAAAACCAAAGUCCAGAUGAGGGACAUUUCCACCAAGUUGAAGGUCUUCAAUCGUACAGUGACUGAGCUGGGAAAGGAAAGCCAGAGGCUGCGAGUAGAGGGGGAAGCCCUGAAGGUUCAGGCCCAGGGACUGGAGGACAGAGAGGGGCAGCUGCUGAAUGUCACAGCCGAGCUGAAGGAAAAGGCAGAGGAAAUGCAGCAGGAGAGGAGGACAAUGAGUGAGAGGAUGAGCCGGCUGGAGAGGAGGGUGGACAGCAUGCUGCAGGGAGACGCGGUGCUGUCUGAAACAAACGCUGGUGCCAAGAACAAGAGCGAUGUUCGCAACAUCCAGGUGAUGCUGGAGGCUCAGAACAAACGCAUUGAUGAUCUGAUGGAGAGGAUCAGACUCCAACAGGAGAAGCUUGACAAGCAGAAUGUGCGCAUCAGGACUCUGCAAAGUCAGAUCCAGCAGUCACGACAGAGACCCUCCCCACAGAGCAGCGACACCGACAGCCCGGAGCAACGCGACUCACCAGCCGAGACGGCAUCAGACUGCCACGAGCUAUUCCUGAGAGGAGAGACCACUAGUGGGGUCUACACCAUCCAGCCAGUAAACGCAGAGCCCUUUAAAGUCUUUUGUGAGAUGACAGCUGAUGGUGGAUGGACAGUGAUCCAAAGGCGCCAAGACGGCUCAGUGGACUUUGACCAGCUGUGGCAAGCCUAUGAGAAAGGCUUUGGCAACCUGAAUGGAGAGUUCUGGUUGGGUCUAGAAAAAAUCCACUCCAUUGCCAAAGAUGGUGGCUACAUCCUCAACAUCAAGCUCUCCGACUGGGGGGAUGACUUAGCAUCCGUCCGCUUCCCCUUUCAACUGGGCGGAGAGGAAACCAAGUAUUCGCUCCAGAUUCAGGAGGUCGGCACUUUCAGCAUCUUGGAGAGUUCCCUGGGGACUGACGCCACCUCCAGCCUUCCUUUCUCCACCCGCGACCAAGACAAUGACCAGAAAAAUGACACCAACUGCGCCAAGCACCUUUCUGGUGGUUGGUGGUUCAGUAACUGCGGUCGCUCCAACCUAAACGGUAGAUACUUCCAGAGUCCUCCUCCCAAGCAGCGACACCAGAGGAAACAGGGCAUCUUCUGGAAGACCUGGAGAGGCCGCUAUUACCCUAUGAAGUCCAGCAUGAUGAUGAUCGCCCCCGCUGCAAUCGAGAACAAGUCCUAAAGAAUAGAACGAGACAAAGAGAAAAGGUCAAAAGAAAAAGAAGGGGGAAGAAAGAAAUACAUUUUGGACUAUUCUUUCUUUUGCUGGUGCUUGGUUGAUGAGGCAGAGGUUUCCAUUUCCCUGGUUGUCUCCCUGCAAGGAAGACUUCAUACCAGAGCUAAGGCCCUCAAAAUAGAAGCAGAACUCACACUAAAUGAGUUCCACGUUUCCACUGCUCUGUUGUCUGAGAGACGAGCAGAUUCCUUCCCUGCACCUAAAGCCACAGUUGGAAAAAGAGACAGAAAAACAUGCAGUGGAACAUUUUUUGUUUUAGUUUUGUUUCACCAUUGCAGUUGAUUCUUUUUGUUGGUGUGAGGCAGGGGCCCUAUAGUCAGGAGAGCAUCACAGAGCGAGUCCAGGCCUGUCUGCUGUCCUGUAAGCCCUAAAGCAUUUCCAACAAGUCGAGACUCCUCACCAGACUUGUGGUGUCAACGGUGCAUGUGGGUUGUUGUUGAGUUUGAAUGUGGGUUUGUAGCGUGUAAACAGCACUGUCAGCUCAAAAACAACUUAAGAAACUGCUCUUACUUUGUAGGGGAUUCAUGUUGGAGUGAAAUGCAGGCCGAUUAAGCGAGCCUUUUAAAUCCAAUGGUGCGGACCAAAUGGUGACUUAAUUAAAACAAAGAACCAUUUUCCACAUGAACAUGAGAUCAGUCUUCAAAAGCAUUAUGUAAAGUUAUAAAUCACUGUAAACUAGGAUUACGAUGCAGAAACUGUGUUAAGACUGAUGUUGGAAAGCUGUUCAUGGGGUACUGAAGAUCAUUCCAGGCUUUUGUACAAUAUACAGUAUAUACUGCCUGCAGUUUUGAAUCAAAGUAAGUACAUACUUCACUGACUUAAAUUUUUCUGUGGAGAUUUUGAUGAUGCUAAGUCAUAUUGACUAGUUUUAAGAUGAGAGACAUGGUUUUGUACAUAGUGUAUGAAGGAAUGUGGUCAGUCUUUUCAGAAAUGUAACUGUUACUGAUUUGUCUUGACAUUGUCUGUUUUGUCGUGACUUGAGAGUUUGUUAUUGUAGAUGUUCCCUUUUCUUAUUUAAAUGAUGUAAAGAAUCAAUAUAUA